AUGGCAUCAAGUCAAAAUACCUCGAAGAAACAGAUCAUAAUCCUCGGAGGUUCUUAUGGCGGCAUCUCAGUUGCACAUCAGCUCCUCAAGCAUGCCAUCCCUGACCUGCCCGAUAACACAAGUUAUGAAGUCGUUCUCAUCAGCCCGUCGACCCAAGUUAUGUGUCGCCCAGCCUGCCCGCGAGCCAUGAUUUCCGACCGGAUACUUCCCCAAGAGAAGCUGUUUGUCGACAUCGUCAAGCAAUUCGACCAGUAUCCGACGAGCAACUUCAAGUUCAUUCACGGCACAGCAACCAAGCUAGACCACCAGGAGCAUGUUGUAUCGAUCCGGCGACAUGAAGGGACCGACGAAACUCUCCACUACUAUGCUCUUGUGAUCGCGACUGGUGCUACGUCAAAAUCGCCAUUGCUCGGUCUUUCAGGAGAUGCCAGCGAGCUUCGAGCCCGCUGGGCUGACUUCCGCAAAGCAUUGUCACAGGCAAAAAGCAUCGUGAUUGGCGGUGGAGGUCCAUCGGGUGUCGAAACUGCUGGGGAGCUAGGGGAGUACCUUAACGGUCGUGCCGGGUGGUUCAGCUCGAAGCUCGAAAAUCCAAAAGUUCCCAUUACAGUCAUCAACGCGCAAGAUACCAUUCUUCCGCAGCUCCGCCCCAAGAUUGGCAAACAGGCCGAGCACCGGCUCGCCAAAGUCGGCGUGACCGUCAUCAACAAUGUGAAAGUCCAGUCAGUCGUCCCGGACAAUGUGGGACUUACAGUCGACCAACUCACGUCGGCUGCGACGAUAAGCCUCUCUUCCGAUCAGAAGUUGACUGCCGACCUAUACAUUCCAGCCUUUGGCACCACGCCCAACACCUCUUUCGUCCCACAGCCCCUCCUCGCAUCUGAUGGCCGGGUGAAAACCAACGCCACUACGCUCCGGGUCGACGACGCCGGCCCGUUUGUCUACGCUCUCGGCGACGCCUCCAAUGCGGCUCGCCCAGCCAUCCACAACAUUUUGUCACAAAUACCCGUUCUUGCGGCGAAUAUCAAGCGCGACCUUCUCCUGGACUCGAGCGCCAAGUCCCAGGCUACUGCACAGGAUGUCGUCUUCAAGGAGGAUACGCGAGAGACCCAGCUCGUGCCGAUUGGGACCAAGAAAGGGGUCGGCGCCAUGAUGGGCUACCAGGUGCCAAGCUGGGUCGUGUGGCUGAUCAAGGGCCGAGAUUACUGGCUGUGGACUACGGGCCGCCUGUGGAGCGGAAAACAAUGGAAUUAG